UGUGGAGACGCAACCGGAUGUAGCCAAUUAACUCAUCCGGCAGCUAGCUGAGAGGCCGUUUAGCACUCUAACUAACAGUCAAAACCUUAAUAAUUUAAUUAUUACUUUAUAUUGUCAUUUGACAACACCAAAGAACAGUCAUGAUUAAAGCCAUCUUGAUAUUUAACAACCACGGAAAACCGCGGCUGAUCAGAUUCUAUCAGUAUUUUGCGGAGGACAUGCAGCAGCAGAUAAUUCGGGAGACUUUUCACUUGGUUUCUAAAAGAGACGACAACGUCUGCAACUUCUUGGAGGGUGGAAGUCUCAUUGGUGGCUCUGACUACAAGCUGAUUUACCGACACUACGCGACCCUCUACUUUGUCUUCUGUGUGGACUCGUCGGAGAGUGAGCUCGGCAUCCUGGACCUGAUCCAGGUGUUUGUGGAAACGCUGGAUAAAUGCUUUGAAAACGUCUGUGAACUGGACCUCAUAUUCCACAUGGACAAGGUCCAUUAUAUCUUGCAGGAGGUGGUGAUGGGAGGCAUGGUGUUGGAGACCAACAUGAAUGAGAUCGUAGCCCAGGUCGAAGUGCAGAACCGCAUGGAGAAGUCAGAGGGAGGUCUAUCGGCGGCCCCCGCUCGCGCCGUCUCUGCCGUGAAGAACAUGAACCUUCCCGAGAUUCCCCGCAACAUCAACAUCGGAGACAUCAAUAUCAAAGUGCCGAGCCUCUCCCCGUUCUGAACGCCAUUCCAGCUGAGCUCUGCAGGGCUGAUGUACUACUGAUGCAGUUCCCCCUCCACCCUGUUCUGUUGUUAAUACAGAGAAAACAUUUUAUAUGUGUAUUAUGGAACCACAGCAGCUUAUUCUCCCACUCAUUCCUAUCUUCUCACAUGAACGGGAGAUGAGCAGUGAAUUCUUUUUUGACUUCUACUGUAUACAUGUUACAGAUUGCUCCAGUUGAAGGAUUUGCACAAUAAUGUAAAGUUUGAUUCUAUAAAACAGCAAGAGCAUAUUUAUAUGUAUUUUAUGCUAUUCUUUCUGUUUUAUUUUUUUUUAUUUUUCCAAGUUAAUUUCCUAAAUUGACUGUGUUGGCCCAGUGUGUAUUUUCCUGCACAACUCUUCCAAAUCUGAUCCAAGGUUUGAAAACUUUCCUUCUGUCUAGAGUUAGCUUUUGGACUCGGCACAGUUCUCUGUAAUAAGAUCUUUUGGCUUCUGUAUUGGGUUAUAAUUACUCAAACGCAUAUUCCAAGUGUGUGUUCUUACAGACUGGGAUUAGACUCCACUGCUUGGCUCUUGUCACAAUUUGUCUUUCCUUCUCUGUAAUAUAUUGUGUCUCUGAUGUCCAUGUGAUUUGUGAAUAUCAUUUUUGCAGAUUGUGCUCUGUACGGCAAAUGUAAAUGCUGUUUGGUUCGAGCCAAGUUUUAAUGUGCUGUGAUAGGAUCUUGCCAACAUCUGCUCAGAGAGGCAACAGACUAACUUUUGAUUUUGGAUCUUUAAUCAUUUGUAUAAAGUUUGUUUGUGUCUUAAUGCUUGUAUUUAGUGGUCAGAUAGAAUCAUAUUCAUUUAAGCCAUACUCUGGUUUUACCAUUCGUCCUGUCAAGCCUCUCCAGGAAGGCAUUGGAAUGUGUCUGUGUCAAAGACUUUCUUCCUCAUGGUAAAUACAAAAAAAAUUUAAAUACAAA